AUGGGCUGUCAUGAUGGCACAAAGAAGAAUGAUCCGGCGGAGGGCGUUGAUGGCUGUGCGGAUGAGUGUGCCAGGCAACCGAAGGUUAUCCUGUUCCCUGUGAUCGUCUCAGCCUCUGACUCCUCAGUCCUUGAGACGGCCUACCUACAGGUCAACCAUCUAGCGGAUGAACCGAAUCUUAGCCUCCGUUUCCUCACAAAGCCCAACUACCAUUCCACGCUGCUGUUUUCGGACAUGGAGAUGGACAGCGACGAGAAGCCGCAAUUCUUUAACGAGGUGAUGGCCAAGGAGCCAACAUUCGUCUUCUUCAAACAGGACAUCACAGGUAUCAGGUAA